UAGCGGGACGCUCAGGGUGGCCAGAGCUGAAGUUCAUGCCCCGUGCGCAGGCAUCGUGACAGCAGUCUCCCGCAGUACUCAUCUAACCCAGGAUUCCUCGGGCUUGAGCCUAGGGCUGGAGGCACGCCUAGCGAGUGGAAGGCGCAAGCGCGGAGGGCUGCGCAGGCGCAGCGCGGGCAGGAAAAAUGGCGGCCGGGUUCAAAACUGUGGAACCGCUGGAGUAUUACAGAAGAUUUCUGAAAGAAAACUGCCGUCCUGAUGGAAGAGAACUUGGUGAAUUCAGAACCACAACUGUCAACAUAGGUUCAAUCAGUACGGCGGAUGGCUCUGCUCUGGUGAAGCUGGGAAACACCACCGUCAUUUGUGGGGUUAAAGCAGAAUUUGCAGCACCACCAGUAGAUGCCCCCGACAGAGGGUAUGUCGUCCCCAAUGUGGAUCUACCACCGCUGUGUUCAUCAAGGUUUCGGACUGGACCUCCUGGGGAAGAGGCUCAAGUAACCAGCCAGUUCAUUGCCGAUGUCCUCGAGAACUCACAGAUAAUUAAGAAAGAAGACUUAUGCAUUUCUCCAGGCAAGCUUGCUUGGGUUCUAUACUGUGACCUUAUUUGUCUAGACUACGAUGGAAACAUUUUGGAUGCCUGCACAUUUGCUUUGCUAGCAGCUUUAAAGAAUGUACAGUUGCCUGAAGUUACUAUAAACGAAGAGACUGCUUUAGCAGAAGUCAAUUUAAAGAAGAAAAGUUAUUUGAAUGUUAGAACAAACCCAGUUGCUACUUCCUUUGCGGUGUUUGAUGACACUUUACUGAUAGUUGAUCCUACCGGAGAGGAGGAACACCUGUCAACAGGAACCUUAACGAUAGUAAUGGAUGAGGAAGGCAAGCUGUGCUGUCUUCACAAGCCAGGUGGGAGUGGGCUGACAGGAGCUAAACUCCAGGACUGCAUGAGUCGAGCAGUAACGAGGCACAGAGAAGUGAGCCAGCUUCUGGAGGAAGUCAUUCAGAGCAUGAAACACAAAUGAACAGACACCACGAUUGCAAAACAGCUGUAAAAACUGUAUUUGUUACACUGUGCACAGGCUUUUUAUACUAAAUAAAUACCUAAUUACAUUCUUUGAAAGAUA